AUAUUAUAUAAAUACUAGUGGCCUAGUUGUGUUCAUAUAGAAUAUAAAAAGGUUAGGUUAUAAUAUGAUAUAUGUAACAAGACAUACGCGCCAGGAUUAAGGCUUUGCCAGAAUCCAUAGUGAGCAUCCAAUAUCAACAAGUUCAUGUGCGAUCGCAGUAAUUGAACACUUUGCAAUAAUGAUACUCAGGGACUUUGCAAUAUUUAUUUGUGUUCUAACUGGAUUUCCAUCUUCUUCGAAAGCACGAUAUAUACCAUCCGUUCAAGUGAAUGUGAAAGGGGGAAUGCCCACGGCCAAAAUCGUCAUCACUGUCAUGAGAAAGCGCGCCAAAUACUGGGAUUUCUGGCAGGUCAAUAAUCAUAUAUGUCCGCCCUCGCUAUGCUUUAUGAAGGAAAACAAACGGGUGAAACCUAGAGGAACUGGUAACAGUGCAUUUUACAAUGGCGACAUCGUCCUUGAUGAAAUGGCUGCAGACAUGAUGUAUGGACCUGUAAAAAGACGUCGAAAACGAGCGACAACUCGUAUGAAAGACCGGUUAUGGAAGGAUGGCAUAAUGUACUAUCAAUUUGCGCCAUCACUUUCCAGGUCAGCCAGGAAAGCAGUCAAGAAGGCGAUGGAACAUAUAUCAAACAGGACGUGUAUAGUAUUCAAAAAGAAAAGGAAGAAAAACCCGGACUUUGUUAGAUUCAUCAGUGAACCAGGCUGCUGGUCCAAUGUAGGCCGCGUGGGGGGCCUGCAAAAUCUCAGUCUCGGUUACGGAUGUGGGAGAGAGGGUACGGCAAUUCACGAAAUUAACCAUGCGCUAGGAUUCUGGCAUGAGCAGGCCCGAUCUGACAGAGACAAAUACGUGGAGGUUAACACGGAUAAUGUCUCCCCAAACUAUAUUGGAGAUUUUGCCAAAUUAAAUAAAACAAUUGCCGUAUCAAGAGGGUACGCUUACGAUUAUUCCAGUAUUAUGCAUUACAGUGAACGGACGUUUACCAACAAUGGACUCAAGACAAUUAAGGUGAUAGGUAUAGGAAAAGAAUUAGCUCUUAGGAUCGGGCAGCGUGAUGGUCUCAGCAAUAUCGACAUUGCACAACUUCGAGAUAUGUAUUUUUGCAAUCGGAAGCAAGAUAAUGAAGAAACAACAUGCCCAAAAGAUUGGAUAAAACACAAACGUAGCUGUUACAAAUUUGUUACCCGCCCUAGGCUUCAGUAUGCUGCCGCAUACAAAGCAUGUACGGAGUCCUUUAGCACCCUGGUCCAUCUUAACACUGCAAACGAAGAUAGAUUUUUAAAACAAUAUUUAAAGAAAAACUUUAAAAAGUCGACAAAAUGGCGAACAGGUGCUCGUAGAAUAAAUGAUACCUUUGUAUGGGACAAUGGAGAAGACCGGAAGCCGAAGUCUAUGACGUUUACUGCCUGGAAUAGUGGUCCCCCAGAGGGAUAUUCUACCAUGGUUCUUGGACGGGAAAACUCGACAUCUGAUUUUGCCUGGGAAGGGGCGUGGACAGGAUCGGUCAAACAGCUUCCAGAUCACGCAUUCUCCUUCAUCUGUGAACGGAAGGCGAGACGUAAGUGCUUACCUCUAGAGUUUGAGGAUGGGAGAGAUUAUCGCGGGAAUCUCCAGCAUACUGUAUCGGGGAUCACGUGUCAAGACUGGACAUCUAAAUACCCCCAACGGCACAGUCUGCUGGCAGGAAUUACCGCAGAUGUAAAUCCAGACGGUCUGGGGGAUCAUAAUUAUUGUAGGAACCCAUUCCGCAUGCGCAGAAAAAGACCAUGGUGCUUUACAACGAAAAAGAACGUUGAAUGGGAGUAUUGUGACGUCACUAUUUGUAAAGGAUCUCAAAAUAACACAGUUGAUAAUAAACAGAAAAGAGAGAAACUUGUUUCCAAGAAUAGUAUAUCGAUAUCUGAAAAGUUUGAAGAAUACUCAAAUAGUAUAUCAGAACAGAUUAGCGCAAAUAACGUUAUACAGCCGUAGCAAACUUAGUUAUACUUUUAAUUCUUAAAAAAAAGUCUUGUA